GGGCGGUUCGUGACACGCCCGGCGCUCCCGGCUGCUCUUCCCGGAGACCUGGGGAGUGGCCGCUCUCCCGGCCACGGACCUUGCUCCGGCCGAGAGCCUGCUGGGGGGGGGGCUGGUUCGCAGGUGGUUCCCCCAAUGACUCCCAGUCCGCCGGAUCUUGUGGGGAACAGGGCGCAGGCGAAGGCCCACGCGUCAGUGCGACGGGCCUGGCCGGGGAGCCGGACUGGCUCCGGGACCGCUGGAGUUGUGACCGAAAGGAGGAGUGUGAUCCCAGGAUACGGCAAGGGGUGUAGCAGCAGCAGUGACUCUCCCUCUGGCUGGCCCUGGGGCGGCUGGGAUCCGGUGCCCAGCUCUGGUGCCCACAGUUCAGGCUGCUGAUAAACUGGAGCGGGUCAGAGAAGAGCAGGACUAGAAAACCUGCCUUGUAGGGAGAGCUGGCUCUGAGCAGCAUAACAGAAACGGCUCAGGGUGACUGGAUCCCAGGCUGGAGGGCCCUGUGUGGGGAGCAGAUAUUUAGUGACGGGCUGCGCAGUCCGGCAGGGGAUGGCCAAACACGGGGCAGUGCCUGGCAGUUGAGGUCCCGGCUCCAUCUGCCCCGCAGCCUCACUGCCAUGGAGGCCAGCGAUGGCCUCACGUCCCCGCUGCGACCUAAUGGCCUGCUGGAUGAAGAGGAGGAGGAGGAGGAGGGCGAGGCCUUGGUCCUGGACUGUGAGGGAGACCUGGAGGUGAACCCCUACGAUGGGCUGCCUUUCUCCUCCCGCUACUAUGAGCUGCUGCAGCGGCGACGAGACCUGCCCAUCUGGACCACCAAGUACAGCUUCAUGGAGCACCUGGAGAGCAGCAGCGGCAUCGUCCUGGUGUCUGGGGGGCCCGGGACCGGCAAGAGCACCCAGAUCCCCCAGUGGUGUGCAGAGUACGUCCUCUCCCAGCAGUUCACACAUGGCCUGGUGGCCUGUAGCCAGCCCCACGGCCUGGCCGCCCUCAGCCUCUCGCUGUGCGUGGCUGAUGAGAUGGACCUGAACCUGGGCCACGAGGUUGGCUACUGCGUCCCCCAUGAGGACUGCUGCACCCCGGAGACCCUGCUCAGAUUCUGCUCGGAUGAGAUGCUGCUGCGGGAGAUGAUGUCGGACCCUCUGCUGCGCCAGUACGGGGUCAUUGUGUUGGACGAGGUGCAGGAGCGCACGGUGGCCACAGAUGUGCUGCUCGGGCUGCUGAAGGAUGUGCUGCGCCAGCGCCCUGAGCUCAAGGUGGUGGUGGUGACGGUGCCGGCCCUGGAGGAGCGGCUGCGGGCCUUCUGCGGGGACUCUCCUGUGGUGCGGGUACCAGGACCCAGCCCGCCCGGCCAGCUGGUGUACAGGGAUCCACCGGCUCAGGGCCACGUCUCGGCUGCAUGCCAGGUGGUUUUGGACAUUCACCGGCACCAGGAACCCGGUGACGUGCUGCUCUUCCUGGCCAGUGAGCAGGAGAUCAGUGAGUGCUGCGAGGCCAUCCGCACCGAGGCUGUGGCCCUGAACCCGGGACUGGGGCCACUGCUGGCCCUACCCCUGCACCCCGGGGUGGGGCGGGCAGCCCAGAAGGUCUAUGAGGUGCCGGAGCAGGGCAGCAGGCCCCAGGGCCGGCGCGUGAUUGUCACCCACUGGCUCGCAGAUUCGUCCUUCUCCCUGGGGACUGUGCGGUACGUCAUCGACACGGGGCUGGAGCUGCGCAGCGUUUACAAUCCCCGGAUCCGUGCAGAGUCCCAGGUGCUGCGGCCCAUCAGCAAGAGCCAGGCGGAGUCACGGAGGCAGCGGGCCGCAGGCAGCCCCCCAGGCACCUGCGUGCGCCUCUACUCCGAAGCCUUCUACGAGCAGUUCCUCCCGGCCGCCCCCGCCCCCCAUGUGAGCGAGGCCAACCUGAGCCGUCUGGUGCUGCUGCUCAAGAGACUCGACAUCGCUGACAUGGGCCAGUGCCACUUCCUUGACCGGCCAGCCCCAGAGUCGCUGAUGCAGGCCCUGGAGGACCUGGAUUACCUGGCCGCGCUGGAUGACGAUGGGAAUCUCUCGGAAGUGGGGAUCAUCAUGUCGGAGUUCCCCCUGGACCCCCAGCUGGCCAAGGCACUCAUUGCCUCAUGCGAGUUCGACUGCGUCGACGAGAUGCUCACCAUGGCCGCCAUGCUGACAGCCUCGCCCUGCUUCGUGACCCCGGUGGCGCGCUCCGAGGAGGCUGCGGCCGUGCGCCGGCGGGCCCUGCUGCACCCUGACGGGGACCACUUCACCCUCAUCAAUGUCUUCAAUGCCUUCCAGCAGCAUGAGCUGGAUGACGGCUGGUGCCGGCAGCACGGGGUGAGCGGCGCGGGGCUGCGGCUGGCGGGCGUCGUGCGGGCCGAGCUGCUGGAGGUGAUGCAGCGAAUCGAGCUGCCCAUCUCUUCCCCGGCCUUCGGCACAGAUGACAACGUGCUCAACCUCAAGAGGGCGCUCAUCUCUGGCUACUUCCUCAAGGUGGCUCGGGACAUCGAUGGCUCUGGGAACUACCUGAUGCUGACACACAAGCAUGUGGCCCACCUGCCCCCCCACUGCUGCUAUGUGGUCCGGAGGCCACUGCCCCGCCCACCCCCCUGGGUCCUGUACCAUGAGUUCACCAUCUCGCAGGACAACUGUCUCAGUGUGGUCUCCGAGAUCCAGCCCCAGAUGCUGGUGGAUCUGGCUCCCCAGUACUACCUGAGUAACCUGCCGCCCAGCGAGAGCCGUGACCUGCUCAUGGAGCUGAGGGAGAAGGUGCUGGGUGCUGCGGAGCCCCUGGGCCGGCUGGAGCCAGCGCUGGAUGGGGCAGGAGCUGGGGCGGGGGAGGGGGAAGACGAGGACAAGGAUGUGUGCACACUCCAGUGAGUGGGAGCGAGGGGCUGCCCAGGCUCCCCUCUUGUGACAAUGGGGGGGUACAGGGAGCCCCAGGAGUGGGCCCCGGGGCCCUUCCCCUUGCCCGUGCUUCUGUCCCUGUGGGAUGCUCUGCCGUGCACUCCAGCCUGCUCCAGAAGGGCUCCUGGACCUCCCAGCUUCCGGUGCCGCCUCUGAGCCGUCUCACCCAGACGCCACCGGCUGCUCUCAGGGCCCCCUUCUGCCUGCUGCUGUGUUACCAGGGGCCUGCUCUGCCGUGGGGCACAGGCUCUCUGCCCCACAUGUGGGCCGGGGAGCAGGGGGAGCCAGCCCAUGGCCUGACUGUAUAAAGCUUUUCUGUGCCCUUUGUU